CGCGGGGCGGGACCCUCUUGGCUUUGCGUCCAAUUCCCGCUCCUCUGCGGCGCACAGCGAGUAGAGCGGCGCAGCUGUCGGGAGCGGAACCCAGGGCGAGGCUCGGUUGGUUUCCUAUUGUGACUAUAUCAUGGAAAAUCAACUGGCUAAAUCAAUCGAAGAACGAACAUUUCAGUACCAGGAUUCUCUUCCAUCACUGCCUGUUCCUUCACUUGAAGAAUCAUUAAAAAAAUACCUUGAAUCGGUAAAGCCAUUUGCAAAUGAAGAAGAAUAUAAGAAAACUGAAGAAAUAGUCCGAAUAUUUCAAAAUGGAGUUGGAGAAAAAUUGCAUCAGAAAUUACUUGAAAGGGCAAAAGGAAAAAGAAAUUGGCUUGAAGAAUGGUGGCUGAAUGUUGUUUACCUGGAUGUUCGUAUACCAUCACAGCUAAAUGUCAACUUUGUUGGUCCUUCUGCCCAUUUUGAACACUAUUGGCCUCCAAAGGAAGGCACUCAGUUAGAAAGAGGAAGUAUAAUCCUUUGGCAUAACUUGAACUACUGGCAGCUAAUAAGAAAAGAAAAACUGCCUGUUCAUAAAGUUGGAAAUACUCCUCUAGAUAUGAAUCAAUUUCGAAUGCUAUUUUCUACCUGCAAAGUUCCAGGAAUUACUAGAGAUUCAAUUAUAAACUAUUUUAGGACUGAAAGUGAAGGGCAUUCCCCAAGUCACAUUGCAGUGUUGUGUCGGGGCCGAAUUUUUGUCUUUGAUGUAACACAUGAAGGAUGUUUGAUCACCCCACCAGAGCUUCUCAGACAACUGACAUACAUCUACAACAAGUGCCAUAGUGAACCUGAAGGACCUGGAGUACCAGCACUAACUUGCGAGGAGCGAACCCAAUGGGCUAAGUCACGAGAAUAUCUGAUUGGCCUUGAUCCAGAGAACUUGACUUUGUUAGAAAAAAUUCAGAGCAGUGUAUUUGUGUAUUCUAUAGAUGAUGACAGUCCACAUAUCACACCAGAAGAUUAUCGUCAGGUACUUUUGAUUCUCCUUACUGGAAAUCCAACCCUACGCUGGGGUGACAAAUCCUAUAACUUAAUUUCAUUUUCUAAUGGAAUAUUUGGCUGUAAUUGUGAUCAUGCUCCUUUUGAUGCAAUGGUUAUGGUGCAUGUUGCCCAUUAUGUUGAUGAGAGAAUUUUAGAGACAGAAGGAAGAUGGAAGGGGUCAGAAAAAGCACGGGAUAUCCCACUUCCAGAGGAACUCAUUUUUACUGUGGAUGAGAAAAUAUUAAAUGACAUCAGCCAAGCCAAAGUCCAGUAUUUCAAAGAGGCAUCUAAUCUGCAGAUUGCAGCAUAUGCUUUUACAUCUUUUGGCAAAAAGCUAACCAAGAAGAAUGGGCUUCACCCAGAUACAUUUAUUCAGCUUGCUCUUCAACUGGCCUAUUACCGACUUCAUGGACGGCCUGGUUGCUGUUAUGAAACAGCUAUGACAAGAUAUUUCUAUCAUGGCCGUACAGAGACUAUGCGAUCAUGUACAGUAGAGGCAAUCAGGUGGUGCCAGUCCAUGCAGGAUCCUUCUACUAGUCUUCUUGAGCGGCAGGAAAAGAUGUUACAGGCUUUUGCAAAGCAUAAUAAAAUGAUGAAAGAGUGUUCAGCUGGAAAAGGAUUUGACCGUCACCUUUUAGGUCUUUUACUCAUAGCAAAAGAGGAAGGUCUCCCUGUUCCAGAGCUCUUCACAGACCCACUUUUCUCCAGAAGUGGAGGAGGUGGAAAUUUUGUUCUCUCAACAAGUCUGGUUGGUUAUUUACGAAUCCAGGGAGUAAUGGUUCCCAUGGUACAUAAUGGAUAUGGAUUUUUCUACCAUAUCAGAGAUGACAGGAUUUUUGUGGCCUGUUCAGCCUGGAAAUCAUGUCCGGAGACUGAUGCGGAAAAACUAGUUCAGCUGAUUUUUCAUGCUUUCCAUGAUAUGAUGCAGCUGAUGAGCACUGCUCGUCUUUAGAGACUAAGCACUUCCUAAAAUUAGAUCAUUAAACUGGUACUAAAAAUAGAUUGGGGAUAUAAGAUGGUAAAUGUAGAAACUAAGUAGAAUCAUACUUUUAUUCUACCACAGAAGGUAGUAAAUUUGAGCUUCCUCUGAUGCAGCAACAAUGCAAAUUAUAAUAGUGAUAUAGAACUAUGCAAUGUUUAAGAUAAGCCUCAACAAUGCAAAUCUUAUUCAAAUUUUUAAAUAUUUUUGUUGAUACUUAUAUAGAUUGUAUAUAUCUCUCAACAUCAUUAGAAAGUCCAUCUUUCAAGCACUUUAACACUUUAUAAUUGCCAAAGGGUAUGAAAUUCAUGAUUGGAUGCUAAUUUCCUUAAAAUCAAUGGCUUUCCCAUUCACUACAGGGAUAUGAGUCCAUUUUUUGAUGGGGGAAACCACUACAAUUUAAUAGUGAGCUAAAAUAGUUUCUGUUGAACAGACAGAAGAAUUGGGCUUUUUUUGUAGGGAGUCAUUCUCCAACACACUCACAAAAUUCUAAUAAAAUUAGGGUAUGUUGUAAUUAGUUUUAUGAAUAUAAAAAUAAAGCACUUAUAUUUAAAAUUGUUAUAGUUGGCUAAAUAGUGAAUCAAUCUCAGGGUUUUAUAGUUUUUCUUUCUUGUUACUUGAUUUUAUAGUUUCUGCUUUUUGAAAAUAAAACUUAUUUUGUGUUUGAAAAAA